AUGCCUCGAACAAAAAAGAUCGCUAAGCGAACUGCACGUCUUAGCGACUCAGACUCUUUUAGAUCCGACCGCGAUAAUCUCCCCCCUUCCGAAAUCAAGACCGAUAAAGAACUUCGCACUCGCACUAGAGCUCGUACGAGAAUAAUUGAAGCUGGUGGCCUAGCACUCGUUGAAGAAGCUCGAAAGAACGCUUGCUCUCGGAAACAUGAUCCACAACAAAGAAAACGAGGACUUUGGUUCUUGCUUUGCGACCUCUUCUUACAAGGCCCUUUUAUCGGUGCCGACGAAAUUCUUUUUCCCCGACCAUUUUCUCAUAUCGACUGCAAAGAGCAAGCCAAUAGCCAUAUUGGGAUUAAGGAUAACUACACCUUUUCUCAAUUCGCCAAACUGCCUACGAGACGUAACAAUGGACCGGCCACUUCUCGUUUCGGCUGGUUCACUACAAAGACGGAAAGAUGGGGCCUUGACAAGGAAGAUCUCUGGAUUUUCGGCUCAAUUGACGGCAAUCCAAACAACCAAUGCGUGACUUACACCGCUACUUGGCUACGUGAUACGUUAAGCAAUGAAAAUUGGAAAAACUUGCCACUAUCGGAGAACGAGCUCAAACAAAAAGAGGCAAAGAAAAUCAAUUGGUCUGACUCAGGACGGAAAAUAUGGACAAAAGCUGCCUCAAUAUCACGCCAAGAAUCCUUGUCGGAAGUCAGGACUCGAUCCUCUCAAGCUUCAUCACGCAGAUCCUCUAUUUCUCGAAUAAAAAACAACGCCGAAAAUUCGACAGGCACUACGCAGCACCCUUCUCCACAAGCUGAUAAUGCUGCCAAUCACCCUUCGGAUCAGUUAGCAGAGGAGGAGGAUAGUUCACUUGAAAAGAGAAAGCUCCUCCAAGUGCAGUUAAGCGAAAAGACGAGAACUAAGGAUUGA